ACGGAUGUAUGUCUUCUGUGAACAUCCUUAGAACAACAGUUUACAUGAAAAAUCAUGUUUUACUUUUAGUGUAACAUUUAUUAUUACUUUACUUACUUCUUUUAACCAUUUAUCUCUACGUCAGGCUACAUUCAAUGUUUGAAAAGUGCUCUAUAAAUAAACCCAAACCAUCACAAGCAGAGAAACAACUUGUGCGUAGCCACUCACAGUCUCCACUUACAGAGUGACAUCACUGGAAUUUCCCCCUAUGGUCUGUGUAACUACCACAGUAUAAAUACUUCUGGUUAUUUUUUUUUAUUAUUUUUUUUUUUUAGGCACAAACACACUAUGCCCAAAACCUGCUCAAAGACAGAUUUUCAACUACACAGCAUUUGAAGAUACAGACACAGGGCUGACUCUCAAACACACCUUUUCAGCCAGGACAUUUGUCAUCAGCAACUAUCAGUAUCCUGGUUGUGCAGGACCUGUGCCAGCAUGGUGGAAUACAUUGUACCAGAAGGUGAUAUGGAGAGCAGUCAUGAGGAGAUUGUGAUGGUAAAAGAGAAAUCUUCUUCAAAAUGGACAUGGAAAAUAUUGGGAGCGUUUUUCCUUCUCGCCCUUGCUUUAGGAGGCAUCCUUAUUUUUCCCUGGCACAGGAAAAGGUCCGAAAUGCAGCCCAGCCACUUAAACGAGGACUCUGCGGAGAAAAAAGAGCUCCACUACGCACUGCAACAGUUCAGCAGCAAAACCCAAGCGGCCAUCCAUUUGGAAGGGAGCUAUGAGAAUGACAAUGAGAGCACAAGAGCCACGUUCCAGUGGAAGAAUGGCCAAGGCCAGGCAUUUGCUCAGGGAGGCUUCAAGCUGGUGAACAAUCAGAUAGUCAUACCCCAAAAUGGUCUCUACUUUGUCUACAGCCAGGCAUCUAUUAGAGUCUUGUGCAUCGACGGCCACUACUUGGGAGCAGCGGAAGAAGAAGUUGUCACGCCUCUCAGUCAUAGGGUUUGGCGCUACUCCGACUCCAUUGGCGUCAGAAUCUCAAUAAUGUGCGCGAUUCGAUCAGCUUGCCCGAGCACUGCUCAGGGGGACCAUUACGUGGACUUACAGGGCUGGUAUCACGCUAUUUAUCUGGGUGCCGUGUUCCAUCUGAAUAAAGGAGACAAACUAUGGACGGAAACUAACCAGCUGUUAGAGCUUGAGACUGAGGAGGGCAAGACUUUCUUUGGGGUAUUUGCUCUUUGAAAUCAUCAUUCUUGGUUGGUUGAAUUAAAGCAUUACUUCAUUAGGAUUCAUCAUUAACACUGUAUGGUGUAAAAAUGAUUUCCAUUCCAGAUGAGAUAACAGAAGUCCCAUGGACUGUUACCGCAUUUGACUAUGACCAAACAUGGGCAUAGCUCUGGAGAUGCAUACAGUACGUUAUUCAAUUUUAUUUACA